CUCUUCACUCAGUGUUCGGCUCUGAUCACACUGAGCUCAGACUUCCAUACAGAUUUACAUCAGGGUUUCACACUUAGUUUUUUUGUUUAUUUUUUAAAAUUAUUUAAAAUUAUUAUUAUUAUUAUUAUUAUUAUGGAAAAGGAGAGCCGGCCAUCAUGGGAGACUCCGACGGAGUUUGUGCUGGCGUGUGUGUCAUAUGCCGUUGGUUUGGGAAAUGUGUGGAGAUUUCCUUAUCUGUGCCAGAUGCAUGGAGGCGGAGGGUUUCUGAUUCCAUACAUCCUUAUGCUCAUUUUGGAGGGAAUUCCUCUUUUCUAUUUGGAGCUCGCUGUGGGACAGAAGAUGCGUUUAGGCAGCAUCGGAGCAUUCACUUCCAUCAGUCCCUACCUAGGAGGAGUGGGGUUUGCAAGUGUCAUAACAUCCAUCUAUCUGUGUUUGUAUUAUAACAUAAUUAACGCCUGGAGCUUCUGGUACCUUUUCCACUCUUUUCAGGCUGUGUUACCAUGGGCUCAGUGUCCAUUGAACUCUAAUCAUUCAGGAUAUUUAGAGGAGUGUGAAGUCGCCACUCCAACACAAUAUUUCUUUUUCCGUGAGACACUGAACAUUUCCUCAUCCAUUGAUGAGCGUGGGGUCGGUCUUCACAUGGGUGUGGCACUCUGCCUCCUGCUGGCCUGGAGCUUUGUCUACCUUUUUAUUAUUCGAGGAGUCAAAUCUACUGGCAAAGUGGUGUAUUUCACUGCAACGUUUCCAUACCUGGUUCUAAUUGUAUAUCUGAUUCGUGGCAUCACUCUAAAAGGAGCUCUAAAUGGAGUGAAAUACAUGUUCACUCCAAAGCUGGAGCAGUUGGCAAAUCCUCAGACCUGGAUUAAUGCUGCUACUCAGAUCUUCUUCUCUCUUGGUUUGGGUUUUGGUUCUCUCAUAGCGUUCGCCAGUUAUAAUGAUCCCAAGAACAACUUUGAGCAUCAGGCCAUCGCCGUCGCUCUCAUUAACAGCGGAACGUCCAUUUUCGCCAGCAUUGUCACUUUUUCCAUCUACGGUUUUAAAGCCACUUUCAAUUACGAAAGCUGCUUAGAGAGGAUGAGGUUUUUACUUCUAAACACAUUUGAUCUUGCUGAAGAUGCUGUUACUAAAGAAAACAUAACCUCAUGGAUCAGUGAGUUAAAUCACACACACCCGGAGAAGUUUGCACUCAUUCAACACAACCUGGAGCUCUGCAGUCUGGAGGCUGAACUGGACACGGCUGUAGAAGGCACCGGCCUAGCAUUCAUUGUGUACAGUGAGGCGAUCAUGAACAUGCCAGUUUCUCAGCUUUGGUCUGUUCUCUACUUCUUGAUGUUGCUGAUGUUGGGAAUGGGAAGCAUGCUGGGAAACGUCACAGCCAUAAUAACACCGCUGAAGGACUUUAAAAUUCUUGCACAAACCUUUAGCGAUGCCACACUCAACGGUCUGGUGUGUCUUCUCUGUUUCCUGCUGGGUUUGGGUUUCACCACACCUUCGGGUAAUUACUGGUUUGCUGUGUUUAAUGAGUAUGGUACAACGUUCUCAUUGCUCUUCAUCGUGCUCACUGAAGUUGUCACUGUUUCCUACAUUUAUGGACUGAAGAGGUUUGAGAAAGACAUUGAGAACAUGCUGGGUCAUCGUCCAAACUGGUAUUGGAAGAUCAUGUUGGUUUUUGUGAGUCCAUUACUGCUGAUCAGCCUCUUCAUCUUCUACAUUAUAAAUUACAUUCAGGGAGGAACGCCGACCUACCAGGCAUGGGAUAAAACCACGGGAAAGUCAGCUAAAAUGGAAUAUCCUGUUUAUGGUCAGAUCUUCAUUGGUCUUCUCCUUGUCUCAUCAGUGAGCUGUGUCCCCAUUGCAGCAAUUUAUGCUUUCUGUUCAAGACGCAAACGGGCAGUAACAGUACCUUAGGAAAUCAUCCACCAGAAUACUCACUAUAACAUCUACCACAUUGUGCACUACGAAAAUUUAAAUUAAAAUCUGAAGCUUUUUACAUUUGAAAUAAUUUGUAAAUUUAACAGAAGAGUAAACAUAUAUGAGUAUUUGAUGUGUUUAAAAUAGUUUAAUAUCUUAAUGCACAGUUACAAGUAGUAUAAUUUGAAUCAAUAUAAUAUGAAAAAAUAUCUGAUUUUAAAGAUAUUCUAUGUAGUAAAAUCAACUUUACAAUAAAUGUUUUGUUCUUCUUUGUGAAAAUGUAAAAAUUACAUUUGCAAGGUGCUGUAAGAGAUGUAUUAAUGGUGCAUUAUUUGCACCAGAACUUUGGAUUAUAACAUGUUGCAUGUUAAUGAUUGCAAAAUCUAAAACACUUGACCAAGUUUCGAUCUUCUGAUGCUGCGAAGCUUAAAUGCAAUUUAACAGCUUCAUAAAAAUAAUUAAAAAAUGUAUGCAAUUUUUCUAUCAAGGGGAAGGAUUUUAUUUUAUUCCUUCAAGUCAUGUGUAGUAAUUUUUUAUUGUUUUCUGUACAACCCAAAGCACAUUUUAUAUAAUUGUAGAUUAUUCUCUUUUUCCCAGUGUUCAAUUGUCGGAGCUCCAAAGGUUCGUGUGUAAUUAAACCUUCAUUUUUUUAUUUUUACUUGGUUUUAGCUAAUCUGGUUUAGGAUGUUAAGCUCAUUAAUGCCUUUUGUUUUCUUGAGUCAUGUUGUAUAAUUUCAGUCAGGAAUGUGAGUUCAGUUUAAAGGUCAGAGAUUCACUGGGAAUAAAGUUCACAGCAGUGCAAUCUGAAAAUACUUUACCUUGCAGAAGUAAAAAUCCAAAAACUUAAUCAGUAACAAUGAUGGAAAAUACAAUAGCUAUUUGUUCUCUAUUGUUAUCAUGCUAGUGCUCAGGAGACAUGAGACUCAAUAAUAAUAUUACUCUUAUGGAUUUUAAUUUAAUUAGCAAAUACAAUAUUUGCACUUUAUUUUCUUUCUUUUUAUUGUCUGUACAUGCAUGAUCACAAACAUUUAAAGGCUGAACCAGUGGAGACACAAGUUUUGUAAAAGACAACAAAAUGCACGGUGAGGCUAAAGGCCACAGACAUUUAUCAUUAAACCUGCUAAAGAAAACUAGAAAAGAUUAACAAUCAACACAAACGUGUGUGCCUUUUUUCACAGAUGAAGGAAUGUUAGUUUCACACAUUGAAUUAUUUUAGCACAGCUACAGUUUAACCUGCAGAUUUACUUGCUUAACCUUUAAUCUUCUUCUUCUUCUUAACAUUUGAUGUCACUCUUAAAACUGUGAAAGAGUCCAAGUCUGCUUUAUACUAGAUUUAGAAAAG